AUGCCUCCCGCAGUUGAUGCCCCGAAACCUGCCGCCGGGCAACUGCCCGCGCCCGCCAAGUCCACGCCGGCCUUCUCUCCUGACGACGUGACCGUCAUCUUCGUCCUCGGCGGCCCCGGCGCUGGCAAGGGCACGCAGUGCGCCAACCUUGUCUCCAAGCAUGGCUUCACCCACCUCUCGGCCGGCGACCUGCUCCGCGCCGAGCAGGAGCGCCCCGGCUCGCAGUUCGGCGAUCUCAUCCGCGACUACAUUAAGAAUGGGCUCAUCGUCCCCAUGGAGGUCACGGUCCAGCUGCUUGAGAAUGCCAUGACGGACGCGCUGGCUAAGAGCGGUUCCAGCAAGGGACGAUUCCUCAUCGACGGUUUCCCCCGCAAGAUGGACCAGGCGCACAAGUUUGAGGAAGCCGUCUGCCCCGCCAAGCUGGUUCUCUUCUACGACUGCCCUGAGGACGUUAUGGAGAAGCGCCUGCUCGAGCGCGGAAAGACCAGCGGCCGUUCCGACGACAACGCUGAGAGCAUCCGCAAGCGCUUCCGCACGUUUAUCGAGACGAGUAUGCCCGUCGUGGACUACUACGAGAAGGAGGGCAAGGUCAUCAAGGUUGAUGCCACUGCCGCUCCCGACAAGGUUUUUGUCAACACCGAGAAGCGACUCACGGAGCGACUGGGCUCCAACUUUUGA